UAGUGUAGUACUGAUGUAAUAUUUUUUGCCGAAACAGCGAACGAGCUCCGUGCUCGCGUAGAUCAUCUCAGCAUCUUCCUCCUCUUCCCCAGGCAACAAGACUUUUCUUUCUCUCUCCACCCCUUCUCAUCCGUGGAUUAGAUCCCGCGAAGGUGAACAGAGAAGAAUCCAAAACCGGAGAUCAGUAAACAUCAGACUUUUUCCUCUAUAGGACGGAUUCAGGGCUAUGGAGGGGACAGUCAUUGUCUGGCUCAGCGCUUUCUUUCUCCUCAUUGCUCUGCUUAUUCUUGUAAUCUAUCAGCUAAUGUCUUUGGCGGAUCUAGAGUUUGAUUACAUUAACCCAUACGAUUCAUCUUCAAGUAUAAAUGCAGUGAUUUUACCAGAGUUUGUGCUGCAAGGAAUCUUAUGUUUGCUCUUUCUGGUAUCGGGCCAUUGGAUGAUGUUUCUUUUAGCUGCUCCAAUGCUCUAUUACAAUGUGAGAUUAUACCAGCGGCGCAAGCAUCUAGUAGACGUAACUGAGAUCUUUAAUCAGCUCAACAACGAGAAGAAGUGCCGUCUCAUCAAGCUUAUCUAUCUUGUCGUCCUUCUUUUUCUAUCUUUAUUCUGUAUGAUAUGGAGCCUGUUGGAGGAUGUUUAGUUGUGAAUGUUGAUACCAUGGAUGAUUUAUUACACCCAUAAAUGCAGGCUUGUUAAAGCUAUACAUAUAAAAUUUUCCAAACAGUGUUGGAAGGAGAAGCCAUAGUGAGAGGAGCUAUGAAGAGAGCAGAAUUCUGGGUUUCUUUGCAGUUAGCUUUGUUGAACUGCUGACAGAGUUGUUAACAAUUGCCUUACAUUAAUGUCUGAAUAGUCCUUGUUAGCAGGCUAUAAGAAUUUGUAUUCUUUAUUUAAAAGAAGAUAAAUGAC